GUACGCUCCUGCCAAAGUCGAUAAGACUGGUGCACUUGUCCGCUAUCCAGGAUGCUACUUCCGAGUCGAAGAUGUGCCCGCGAAUGAACUAUGCUCCUGGCUCCAGCACAUCAGUGAUCACUUUGACGAUGUGUUGAUCAAGAAGAUUCGACCCAACCGGAAAGCACUUCUUUCAUACCUGUUCAUGUUGACCGGCACGGAACCUGACAGUCCUUUGCCCUCGCUGGACAAGGGGCAGCUGUUGAACGAGCUGGCGGAUCUACAUGAAUUCCUGGGCUACCCCAUGGACAAGUACCGGACGGUGUCUGUGGAGAGGAUGGUUGAAGUUGCAACGUUCCGGUUGGCCAAGGACUUCGAAGCUCCGGGCUCCGAGUUCUACCCAGGGGAGUUGGCGGAGGCGGAGGCU